AGAAGAGGGCGGGGGUGGGGCCGAGGGCAAGGAGCGAGAAGGCUGCGGGGACGAGAGGGCGGGCUCUCGGAGAUUAAAAGCAGCCAAUCAGAGCGCGCCGGCUUCAUUCGGAGAGCGGCGUGGGGCGUCGCCGCCGCCGCCGCCGCCGCCACCACCACCGCCGCCGCCGCGCGCACCGGGGGCUGGUUAAGGCCAUGAAACAAAAGAAACCCUGAGAGGGGAGCCGCGGCUGUCCCCACCCACCCUCCUAGUUCCCUACCUCGGCUCCGUCCCCGGCCCCUCCACCCCGCCCUCGCGCGCUCAGGCGGCCCUGGCGCUCCUCAGCCCGGGGCGCGGGCGCCGCCGCCGCCGCCGCCGCCUCCCCCGAGGAAAGGUGUUUGCGCGCUGAGCAGGGCCGGGGCCCUGUCCGCCAUGGGGCCCGCCGCUCGCCGCGCCUGACGCGCCCGCCGCCGCCGCCGCCGCCAUUGACAGCGCGCCGCCGCGAUGCCGAGCGGCAGCUCCGCGGCCCUGGCCCUGGCGGCGGCCCCGGCCCCCCUGCCGCAGCCGCCUCCGCUGCCGCCGCCCGCGGGAGGCCCGGAGCUCGAGGGGGACGGGCUGCUGCUGAGGGAACGCCUGGCCGCGCUAGGCCUAGACGACCCGAGCCCGGCGGAGCCCGGCGCCCCGGCGCUCAGGACCGCGGCGGCGGCGGCGCAGUGCCAGGCCCGGCGGGCGGCCGGGCUGGCUCCGGAGGAGCCCGCUCCGCCGGGCCGCCUCGCGACCUCCGAGCCGGCGGAGCUGGAGGUGGACGAAGAGGAGGAGGGGGAGGAAGCAGAGCUGGACGGAGAACUGCUGGAGGAGGAGGAGCUGGAGGAGGCUGAGGAGGAGGACCGGCCGUCGCUGCUGCUGCUGUCGCCGCCCGCGGCCACCGCCUCCCAGACUCAGCCGAUCCCGGGCGGGCCCCUGGGGUCGGUGCUGCUGCCGGCCGCGGGCUUCGAUGCCCGGGAGGCGGCGGCGGCCGCGGCGGCGGGGGUGCUGUACGGAGGGGACGAUGCCCAGGGCAUGAUGGCGGCGAUGCUGUCCCACGCCUACGGCCCCGGCGGCGGCGGCGGGGCCGCCGCUGCUGCCGCCCUGAAUGGAGAGCAAGCGGCCCUGUUGAGAAGGAAGAGCGUCAACACCACCGAGUGCGUCCCGGUACCCAGUUCCGAGCACGUCGCGGAGAUUGUCGGACGCCAGGGUUGUAAAAUUAAAGCACUGAGAGCCAAGACAAAUACAUACAUCAAGACGCCUGUCCGUGGUGAGGAACCCAUUUUUGUUGUCACUGGACGGAAAGAAGAUGUUGCCAUGGCCAAAAGAGAGAUCCUCUCGGCUGCAGAGCACUUCUCUAUGAUCCGUGCAUCUCGAAACAAAAAUGGCCCUGCGCUGGGAGGGUUAUCGUGUAGUCCUAAUCUGCCUGGUCAAACCACAGUCCAAGUCAGGGUCCCCUAUCGUGUGGUAGGGCUAGUGGUUGGACCAAAAGGAGCAACAAUUAAGAGAAUUCAGCAACAGACCCACACAUACAUAGUUACUCCAAGCAGAGAUAAGGAGCCAGUCUUUGAAGUCACAGGGAUGCCCGAAAAUGUUGAUCGAGCACGAGAAGAAAUAGAAAUGCAUAUUGCCAUGCGUACAGGGAACUACAUAGAGCUCAAUGAAGAAAACGAUUUCCAUUAUAAUGGUACUGAUGUGAGCUUUGAAGGUGGCACUCUUGGCUCUGCAUGGCUCUCUUCCAAUCCAGUUCCUCCAAGCCGAGCAAGGAUGAUGUCCAACUAUCGAAAUGAUAGUUCUAGUUCUCUAGGAAGUGGUUCCACUGAUUCCUAUUUUGGAAGCAAUAGGCUAGCUGACUUUAGUCCCACAAGCCCGUUUAGCACAGGAAACUUUUGGUUUGGAGAUACACUACCAUCUGUAGGCUCAGAAGAUGUUGCAGUAGACUCUCCUGCCUUUGACUCUUUACCAACAUCUGCUCAAACUAUCUGGACUCCAUUUGAA